AUGGCGCUCGGGCGCGGACGCGGGCGCGGGCGCGGCGUAGGGGCGAACGACGGUUCGUAUCUGGAUCCUUUUUUUUGGUACUUUGUGCAUCAGAGCGUCGGGAUGAUCUCGAGCGCGUGGCGUCGAUCGGUGACGACGAUGGGAUUCGAACCGCUGGGGGCGGCGCUGACGCUCGGCGUGGUGUUCGCCGAGCGCGCGGUGCGGUGGAUACCCGUGGAGGAGAUUCGGGAGGGAGCGCUGCGGGCGGCGUUCGGCGACGCGGAGACGGCGCGGGCGUGUCCGCGUUCGAUGCGUCGAAUGACGAUGCUCGCGUUCGCGAAGACGUGCGUGUUGGCCACGUGCGCGCAUUAUAACGAUUACCACGCGGUGUAUAACGCUGGGUCGUUGUUCGCGAAGAUGGUGGAGACGGAGAAACGCGUACGCGCGAGCGUGACGCGAGACGCCUCCGCCGCGGCGACGGCGGCGUUCGCACUAGUCUUGGGCGGGUUAGCGAACGCGACGGCGGUCGUGUCGGCGAAUUAUCUGUUUCCAGAUCUCGCGUCGCAGUGUUUUCAGGGAAGCAGUGGGCUCUUAUUCGCGCUGAAGACGUAUCGGGCUCGGGCGGAUUUUGCGGCUGGCGUUCGAGGACGCGUAUCCUUCUUCGGCUUCAUCGAUGUCCCGGCGGAGAUGGCGUCACUGGCGGAGAUUGCAAUAUUGUACAUGCUCGACUCGUCACCGGCCAUGUUGAACGUCUACGCCUCGGGCGCCGUCGUCGGCUUGGCUUUGGCCUCGUUUGAGUCGUCCGCCAUGAACGCGCUCGCGCGAGCAACGCGCGGCGUGCAGAGUUUACUAUCUCUCGCUCCGGGGGGGCGAAUCGGCGCGCGGGUCGUGCUUACGGGAAUGCGAAACGGCUCUCUAAACGGUCAGUGGGGAACCGUGACGGCGAACGUCGGCAGUCAGGUGACGGUGCGCCUCGACAGUGACCGCCGAGAGGUGACGGCGUUGCCCAAUAAUCUCAUCUUUCCCUAG